CACCCGGUUAACAAUUUCCACCAAACUUAACUUCACAACUCAUUCUGCAUGUUACACGCCGAAAUGGAUGCGUUGAAGUCAGCUGGUCGAGCUAUUAUUCGAAGGCCCAGUGUGGCUAAACAGUCCUGGAUUGGUGGAAGACACAGAAAGCUUCUAGAGAACUGGACAGACACAAGAGAGGCCGUCUUGGAGGGGAUGACCUUUAACCUCCGUCACCUCGGGAUGACCUUAGUGGACCAGCCCAAAGGCGAAGACCUGGCAGCAGCAGCAGUGAAAAGGAUUGUUUCUACAGCUAAAGCUAGUGGGAGGAAAGCACAGAAAGUCAGUCUUGGAGUGUCCCCUCGAGGAUUCACUCUCUAUGACAGGUCCACCAAUAUCUUAAUAGAAAAUAUCUCCAUACACAGAAUAUCCUACUGUACAGUGGACAAAGUGCAUGACAGAGUGUUUGCAUUUAUUGCUCAAAACACCCUCAAUGGGACGCUGGAGUGUCAUGCCUACCUGUGCUCCAAGAGGAAAAUGGCUCAGGCUAUAGCUUUGACAGUAGCUCAGGCUUUUGGAGUGGCUUUUGAGGUGUGGCAGGUGACCCGAGAAGAGAAAGGACGGCGAGUGCAAUCUAGUUUAGGUGGAGAUGUCAGUGGUAGUUCCCGACCAGGGAGAUCUUACAACCCCAAAGAUGUUAUCAAAGUCAGCCUGUUGGACAGUAAGGAAACCUUGAACGCAGAAACUAAUGGGAAUGUUGAUCAAUUUGACAACUACAGUUCAUCUGGGAAUUACAAUCCAGUUUGGGAAACACAAGAUGGUUUGGAGGAAGCCUUCUCAAGACUGGCCAUGUCGCGUACUAACCCCCAGGUCUUGGACUUUGGGCUGAUGCCCCAAGAUUGGCUGUGUGAACCCAACUGGGACAGCGCGAAUGGAAAUACCCCCCGUUACCCUCCUUGGGAAUGACAUUCUCAGCUUCUGAUCACUUUUACACAAAGCACAGGUUCACAUGCAAGCACAUUUGAUGACCAUCAUACUGUAAUGAUGGACACAACAUGGGCUAGAUGCAUUAAUCAGUGAAGUAAUAUUAAUUUUCUGUCUUGAAGUCGAAGUUGCCAAAAUACAUAGAUAUCCUCAUCAGCUGUUAGGCACAAUACCUGACUUGAUUUUUAUAGUGUGUUCUAAACCAUGUACGUUUAGUUGAAUGAAACUUCUCUGCUCUUCCCAAUAUACCGUAAUUUUCGGACUAUAAGAUGCUAUUUUUUUUUCACAUGUGAUGAGAAGCACACUGAAUGAAGAAAUGUUGUUCCACUCAAGUCUCGGCCUUACAUGUACUUAGAUUGAGGACGUACAUAACAAUUACCACAGAACAUGAAAUUUGAUUGGUAUUUACUGUACAUCUGUAGUGCUGCAAUGAAUGCUAUGAGGCAUGUUGGACCACAACAGUAUUGACAGCAGCUGCCAGCAGAGGCCGACUGUCUCCCCCAAAGGGAGCAGUGAUGGGCAAAUGAAGCUUCAUGAAGCAAUGAAGCUUUGCAGCCAAUUGGUACAAAGCUUAAUGGUGGUUCAUUUGGUUUUAUGACAGUCUUAUGAUGCAGCUGCCAAAUAAAGUGUUAUUGGUGUAAAUAUUCCAUAAUACUGUGAGGACAGCUGCGGCUUAUAGUCCUGUGCAGCUUAUGUAUGAACAAAUGUGUUUCCUGUCAAAUUUUGUGUGUGGCAGCUUACAGUCAGGUGCACCUUUAUAGUCCAAAAAUUAUGGUAGUUUCUUUGCCCAAAGAUGCCACAAAAUUGUGCUAAAGUAAUAUUUUGAUUGUAUACAUACAUGGCUUUGACCUGAGCAGAAAAACAGCGAUUGAUGCUUUUUUUGCUUGAUAAAUACUAACAAAUGCCAUCACAGAUGACAAGAAGCUCCGACAAAAAUGUGUCAUUUGACUCGAGACUCAAUAAUACUAUACACACCUGAUGAUUGUUAUGAGCCGUAGGAACGCUGGUAUUAUGUAUGAACAGUAUAUACAGUUAUUCAUUCAUCUUCUGAAUUGCUUGUCCUGUACUAUAAUAUUUUUAUAGUAAACCAAAUUUUAAUUGUAAUUAUUAUGAAUAAUGUAAAAUGUAGAUGUAUUGAUUUGUCUUCCCUCCUGCUAACCUUAUUAACUGUUAUUCUCUAUUAAUAGUGGAAAACCAUAACAAAUAUACAGUAUAAUUGUGGUUAUCUACUUUGGAACGAGUUACAAACGUGCAGUUCCCUCUAUAGCUUGCAGAUGGCAAUGUUGCACUAAAGACAUCAGGCUCAAAUUGUGAGUUGAGUUGUUAAUUGACUAUCUGGCAUUAUAUGUACUAUUCACUGCCCGGAGAUGUCUUUAGUCUUCAAAUAUCUGCUGACUUCUUACAUUCAAAGUGAGUUGAUGACAUGUAACAUUGGAUUUCUGUUGCAGAACCAGCUACAAUGAAAAUAUAUUUUCAAGAUGUAUUUCAUACACUUCACAUUGGUCAAUGCAUUCUUAUGCUCUUGUUCUCACUAGUAAGACCAUUCGGCACACUAGUAGGAUUGCUGUUUUUUCCCCACUCUGCCUUGCACUUAAUUACCUUACUACACACUAGUCGGAAAACUACAUAAUAAUAGUGAGGUCAAAUGCACUACUGGUGCAAUUAGUGAAUAGCUAAAUGUA